UAUAGUUAAUCUUUGUCUGAGGAUCAAUGAAGGCAGCAGUGUCGAUUCAUCACACCUGAGCUGUACGUAACGUUACAGUGUACACAGACAAGAUGGCUGCUUCAUUGGAAGACGAAUUUGAAGAUGCGCCUGAUGUGGAGCCUUUAGAACCAACCCUGAAGAAUAUCAUCGAGCAGAAAUCUUUGAAAUGGAUAUUUGUGGGUGGAAAGGGUGGUGUUGGUAAAACGACGUGUAGCUGCAGUUUGGCAGUCCAGCUCGCUGCUGUCAGGGAGAGUGUCCUCAUCAUCUCCACCGAUCCCGCUCAUAACAUCUCUGAUGCUUUUGACCAGAAGUUCUCAAAGGUGCCGACUAAGGUCAAGGGCUAUGACAACCUCUUUGCAAUGGAGAUUGACCCGAGCCUGGGUGUGGCGGAGCUGCCUGAUGAGUUCUUUGAGGAGGACAACAUGCUCAGCAUGGGUAAGAAGAUGAUGCAGGAGGCCAUGAGCGCCUUCCCUGGCAUCGACGAGGCCAUGAGCUAUGCAGAGGUCAUGAGGUUAGUGAAAGGAAUGAACUUUUCAGUGGUGGUCUUUGACACUGCCCCUACCGGUCACACACUGCGGCUGCUCAACUUUCCCACCAUUGUGGAGCGUGGUCUGGGCCGCCUCAUGCAGAUCAAGAACCAGAUCAGCCCUUUCAUUUCCCAGAUGUGUAACAUGCUUGGCCUGGGUGACAUGAACGCAGACCAGCUGGCCUCCAAGCUGGAGGAGACCCUGCCGGUCAUCCGCUCAGUCAGUGAGCAGUUCAAAGAUCCUGAACAGACCACCUUUAUCUGUGUGUGUAUCGCUGAGUUCCUCUCCCUGUAUGAGACGGAGCGGCUGAUCCAGGAGCUGGCCAAGUGCCGCAUCGACACGCACAACAUCAUCGUCAACCAACUUGUAUUCCCUGAAUCCGAGAGGCCGUGCAAAAUGUGUGAAGCUCGCCAUAAAAUUCAGUCCAAGUAUUUAGACCAGAUGGAGGACCUUUAUGAAGAUUUCCACAUAGUCAAGUUACCACUGCUGCCCCAUGAAGUUCGAGGUGCUGACAAGGUCAACACGUUCUCGAAGCAACUUCUGGAACCCUACAAACCCCCAAAUAAGUGAUCUCCCUCCCUGCAGGACCUCCCCUCUCCCUCCUACAGACCACACCUUUACAGUCUGAACUCACCUCCUCGGAGCUCCCUCCCCCCCCCACCAGCCUCAAUACCUGCAGUAACAGCCUCACGUUGAUCCACUCAGUCCGUCGUCCAAAGCAGAGCACUGCUACAGCAGGACACACGCCCUUGUUGAAGGGGAGCUGAUGAAAUCACAAACACACACAUACAUAACCUGCUAUAUUGUUGAACAGGUAAGACAGUACAUAUUUGUGCUGCCUUACUCUCAGUUCACCUUCUCUUUCCUUCAUAUCCUCUGUGUGGCAGUCGUACUAUUCCUACUCAAAGCAUUUAACUUUCUCUCUACAAAAAACAUCCCCUCCUCCUCCAUCCUACGCAGUUUCCUCAGUUGUUAAAAACGUUGUUUCCAGUGACGGUGCUGUAUAUUUCAGGAUAAAACAGCUUUCAGAUGGUUGACAUUUAUGCCUUGUUUAUUCUGUGUGGUUUGGUGGCUGUGUCUGUUCUCCAUUUUGACCUUUGACUAAAAAUGUCAUUCAAAUUCAUCUGUCACACAUCUGGAAUUUACAUCAAGAUGUCUACAGAUUCAGGGUGUGAUGAAAAAAUACAAUUACCUUUUUUAUAAAAACCAUUGGCCAAGACCAUCCUUGUUAUUGCAAUAAAGCAAACCAGAGCAGUCUUUUUACCAUGUGUAAAAUCAUUAGACCUCACAUUAACAUGUGAUCCUGGUGUAAACGCAGUAAGCUAAUGUCAAUGAAAUUUCAAAUCCAGUCAAGUUGGGAGCUUUAUAUCCAUAUAUGGCUGCAUCAUUGUUUGAACUGUUAAAUAUUUUUAGGGCACAGGGGUUGCUUCAGGUGGUAUUUGGUUGGAAAUGCCACCAGUUUUAUGAGAUUCAAAGGCAAAAUGUGUAAUGAGACUCUUGAUGUUUAAGUGGCUGGAAGAGUGUCACAGCAGAAGUCCCAGCACCAGGUUCCUACUCAGUGUCCAUAAUCCUCAUCAAACAUU